GCAGAAGUUCUCCUUCGAUCCGACCGUCUCACCCUCCUCCAUACCACAUCAGCAGGUCUGUCUUCCAAUGAGGCACCUUCUGAAAUCUCCUCGGAGUCCUCCAGUCGCGUAGAAAGCGGCUCCACCGGAUUUGACGUUGAUGCCACCCUAGUGGAACGCCUACUAGCAGAGAACUCGCAGUUUGAAAUGGAGAUUGAGGCGCGACGUCCUCAGCGCGAUGAGAUUCUCAAACAUUCACGAAAAGCUGGGGUAACUAAAAAGCUUACAAUAUCGAGACCACGGGAUGUGAGGUCCAGGAGUUCGAGCAUGGUGGCGCCGCCUGCUGCCAAGGUCUACGCCAGUGAACGGGUCAAUGAGAUGUGUGAAAAGUGGGAUAGGGUUGUAAAGCUCACGCAGGCGCGGCGUUUAAUCUUAGAAGAGCGCUUAGCACAUGCCAAUGAAGUGGAGAAGUUGAAGAGCUUCGAUUUUGGGAGCUGGAGACGCCGCUACUUGGCAUGGAUGAAUUCGAAGAAAGCGCGGCUCAUCGACAUGUUCCAUCGGUACGACUUGGACAGAGAUGGGCGUCUCACGAGAGAGGAAUUUGUGAACGCCUUGUUAGAUUCGAGUAACUUCCGAUCUGUUUCUUUGCUUCCUCCUCCUCCUUCCUCCUUUUCUAUCUUAGUUUUUUUCCUGUUUGACGUGACUCCAUGCAAACGUGUUUCUUUGUCUUCCUUUCUUAAGUUCGGUGACUCGCAGAAGCUCAGGCUGGUACGGAUUUUGCGAAGCAACGUGAUGGUUCGUGUUGGCGGUGGGUGGACACCCCUGACGGAAUUCCUUGUAAAGAAUGAUCCCUGUAGAGGUAAGAAACUUGGUCCCCUAAAGUGA